AUGAGCAGUAAAGAUAGUGGUGUCCCUGCCGCCGCAGGAGAGAUCGACGAAAGUCUUUAUUCUCGUCAACUUUAUGUGUUGGGUAAGGAAGCCAUGUUGAAAAUGCAAACGUCCAACGUGUUGAUUCUCGGGUUGAAGGGAUUAGGUGUUGAGAUAGCGAAGAAUGUUGUGCUGGCAGGUGUCAAGUCCAUGACCGUUUUUGACCCUGAGCCGGUUCAAUUGGCAGACUUGUCUACACAAUUUUUCUUAACCGAAAAGGACGUUGGUCAAAAGAGGGGAGAGGUGACCAGAGCCAAGCUGGCUGAGUUGAACGCAUACGUGCCAGUAAAUGUGUUAGACUCCUUGGACGAUGUCACACAAUUGAGUCAAUUCCAGGUCGUGGUCGCUACUGACACUGUUUCUUUGGAGGAUAAGGUGAAAAUCAACGAAUUCUGUCAUUCUUCCGAUAUAAAAUUCAUUUCCUCGGAGACAAGAGGUUUGUUCGGUAAUGUUUUUGUAGACCUUGGUGACGAGUUCACAGUGUUGGACCCCACCGGUGAGGAACCUCGUUCUGGCAUGAUCUCAGACAUCGAGCCGGAUGGAACAGUGACCAUGUUGGACGACAACAGGCACGGGUUGGAAGAUGGCAAUUUCGUCCGGUUUUCCGAAGUGGAAGGUCUUGAAAAAUUGAAUGAUGGGACCCUUUUCAAAGUUGAAGUCUUGGGACCAUUUGCAUUCAGAAUUGGUUCCGUUAAGGAGUUCGGCGAAUACAAGAAAGGUGGUAUCUUCACCGAAGUCAAAGUACCCCGCAAAAUCUCAUUCAAAACGCUCAAGCAGCAAUUGUCCAGUCCUGAAUUCGUCUUUGCAGAUUUCGCUAAAUUCGAUAGAGCUGCCCAAUUGCAUUUAGGAUUUCAGGCAUUACAUCAAUUUACCGUUAGACAUAGCGGCCUGCUGCCAAGAACAAUGAAUAGCGAAGACGCCAAAGAGUUGAUCAAAUUGGUCACAGAUUUAUCCGUUCAACAACCACAGGUGCUGGGCGAAGGUGCAGAGGUUAAUGAAGACUUAAUCAAAGAACUUUCCUAUCAAGCAAGGGGUGACAUUCCUGGUGUUGUAGCGUUCUUCGGUGGUCUUGUCGCACAAGAAGUACUAAAAGCCUGUUCUGGUAAAUUUACUCCAUUGAAGCAAAUCAUGUAUUUCGAUUCCUUAGAGUCGUUGCCAGAUUCCAACGAUUUCCCAAGAAAUGAAAAGACCACACGGCCAAUAAACUCUCGUUACGAUAACCAAAUCGCCGUGUUUGGUUUGGAGUUCCAAAAGAAAAUAGCUAACUCAAAAGUUUUCCUUGUUGGAUCCGGUGCUAUUGGUUGCGAGAUGUUGAAAAACUGGGCGCUUUUAGGGCUAGGUUCUGGUUCAGAUGGUUAUAUUGUCGUUACGGAUAACGAUUCGAUUGAAAAAUCUAAUUUGAACCGUCAGUUCUUAUUCAGACCAAAGGAUGUUGGGAAGAACAAAUCUGAAGUGGCUGCAGAGGCUGUCUGUAUCAUGAAUCCUGACUUAAAGGGCAAAAUAAAUGCUAAGAUCGAUAAGGUCGGCCCCGAAACUGAAGAAAUAUUCAACGAUUCGUUUUGGGGAAGUCUAGAUUUUGUUACUAAUGCUCUAGAUAACGUCGACGCAAGGACAUACGUGGACCGUCGUUGUGUCUUUUAUAGAAAACCGCUACUGGAAUCUGGUACUCUGGGUACCAAAGGUAAUACUCAAGUUAUUAUUCCAAGACUUACUGAAUCAUAUUCUUCCUCUAGGGACCCCCCAGAAAAGUCUAUUCCAUUGUGUACUCUGCGCUCUUUUCCUAAUAAGAUUGAUCAUACUAUUGCCUGGGCUAAAUCUCUGUUCCAAGGUUACUUUGCUGAUUCCGCUGAAAACGUUAAUAUGUACUUGACCCAAUCAAAUUUUGUCGAGCAAACGUUGAAGCAAAGUGGUGAUGUAAAAGGGAUCCUUGAAUCUAUUUCAGAAUCUUUGUCCAACAGGCCAUACAAUUUCGAAGAUUGUAUCAAGUGGGCAAGAUUGGAAUUUGAAAAGAAAUUUAACCACGAUAUCAAGCAGUUAUUAUUCAACUUCCCGAAGGACGCCAAGACUUCUAACGGUGAACCAUUUUGGUCCGGUGCCAAGCGUGCUCCAACACCAUUAGAGUUUAAUAUUUAUAAUACUGAUCAUUUCCACUUUGUCGUAGCAGGCGCCAAAUUGCGUGCAUUCAACUAUGGUCUGAAAAGUGAUGACUACGAUUCUGAACCAAAUGUGGAUGAAUACAAGCUUGUCAUCGAUCACAUGAUUAUUUCAGAGUUCACUCCAAAUGCAAACCUGAAAAUUCAAGUUAGCGAUGACGAUCCAGAUCCAAAUGCCAAUGCUAUGAAUGGUUCUGAUGAAAUUGAUCAAUUGGCAUCGUCUCUACCAGAUCCUUCCACUUUGGCUGGCUUUAAACUAGAACCUGUCGAUUUUGAAAAGGAUGAUGACACCAAUCAUCAUAUUGAAUUCAUAACUGCAUGUUCUAAUUGUAGAGCUCAAAACUACUUCAUUGAAACUGCCGACCGCCAAAAGACUAAAUUUAUCGCUGGCCGUAUCAUUCCUGCCAUCGCAACGACUACUUGCUUAGUUACUGGCUUAGUUAAUUUGGAGUUAUAUAAAUUGGUGGAUAACAAGACGGACAUUGAACAAUAUAGAAAUGGCUUUGUUAAUCUAGCGUUGCCAUUUUUCGGUUUCUCGGAGCCAAUUGCCUCACCAAAGGGAGAAUAUAACAAUAAGACGUACGAUAAAAUUUGGGAUAGGUUUGAUAUAAAAGGAGAUAUCAAAUUAAGUCAGUUAAUCGAACAUUUUGAGAAAGAUGAGGGUUUAGAGAUUACGAUGCUUUCGUAUGGCGUUUCUCUGCUUUAUGCAUCAUUUUUCCCACAAAAAAAACUGAAAGAAAGAUUAAAUUUACCAAUUACUCAAUUAGUUAAAUUGGUGACUAAAAAAGAUAUCCCAGCGCAUGUAUCAACAAUGAUCCUAGAAAUCUGCGCAGAUGAUAAGGAGGGUGAAGAUGUUGAAGUCCCAUUUAUCACCAUUCAUCUUUGA